AUGAGGCAAGCCGGAAUAUACUCGGGAAUACUUGCCGGAGGGAGAACGGGUCCUCACCUGUUGCCGUUGGCGAGGAUAAAGAAGAUCAUGAAGAAAUCUGGGGACAACGUGAACAUGAUAUCUGGAGAGGCUCCCAUCGUGUUUUCCAAGGCUUGUGAAUUGUUCAUCGAGGAAUUGACACGAAGGUCAUGGAUGGUAGCCAUGCAAAGAAAGAGAAGAACGCUUCACAAAGAGGACGUUGCCUCGGCUGUUAUAACCACUGAUAUCUUUGAUUUUCUUGUCAAUUUGGUCUCUGCAGAUUCUACUAAUCCUACCCCCUUCGCCUCGGUUGCCAUGGAAACAGUACUGGAGUCCAGCUAG